AUGGAUAUUCAAAUAGGAGAGGAUCAUAUUGGAGCACAAAGCCAAAUCCGAGACAGUCAUGAUAUCCGAAAGUUGUUGCAAAUGAAGGACUUGGUCAAAAAAUUUCUCAAAUGUAAGAUUGGAGAUGGAAGUAUUGCUCUAUUUUGGUAUGAUAACUGGAGCGGCCUUGGUGAUCUUCUUUGCUACAUCGGUGAGGAGGGACCAAGACUACUUAGAAUUCCGCUGAAUGGGAGAGUUUGUGACGCUAUCUCAAAUGGAAGUUGGCUGCUACCUGGUGCUAGAUCUCAAAGGAUUCAGGAUCUCUACGUUAAAUUAUUGGACUUACAGGUACCGGAUCAGAAUGCAGGAGCAGAUGAAUAUGAGUGGAUGGCUGCUGAAAAUGUGUAUUCACAGCACUUUUCAGCUCCCAAAACCUGGAAACUUAUGCGUGAAGUGUUCUCUAAAGUCGAAUGGGCUCAUAUGGUUUGGUUCAAACAAGCGACGCCAAGGAGGAAGAAUCUCACUACCACCUGUUUUUUCGAUGCCCCUUCAGUUCAGAGAUCUGGAAAGUGUUGGCCGAGCAGAUUUGGCAACAACCUCCCGACGACUUACCAAGUUGUAGGACUUGGGUAG